CCCGGCCCACAUCACGCCAGCAGUCAGCAGAGUACCCGAUGCCCCCACUAGGGAGGAAAAACAACGCACUCCAACUCCAGUGACCAGCAGAGCCAUUUGGUGCGAGCGAGAUAACUACGCGCGGCUCCCCGGUCUCUCUCGCUGUCCACCUCCGACCCCCUCCCCUCCUCCGCCCAUUCCCCUUGUUCUCGUGAUCGCCUCCGGCCCCGAGGUCCGGCGAGAGGGACGCGCCGCGCAGCUCGCGGGAGGUUCUUGCUGCGGAGCUCGUCCAUUUGCGAGCAGAUCGGGCGAGAAGCUCGCCGCCGGCGUGAGGGGCCGUCUUCCGCGUCCGUCCGUUGGUUGGGGUGGAGACAGUGACACAAGUGGGCUGGCUGCUUCGCCGCUGUUGCUUGUAGGUGGCGGUAGCCUCUGGAACACUCCCGCUGCAACAGGCAGGCCCAACAGUUUAUAUAUUUGGAAAUACUACAAGUAGCCAAAUCAGGCGUCGUCGGCAUGCAGUCGUAUUGGGCACCGCUCUUCCCUAACACUGCCGUGGAAAAGCAGGGGAUGCAUUCCUUGUACAGCGAUUAUGCACAUAUAUUUGACUUGUCAUCGGAGAAUACAAGCCUGGGCAGCUACAUCGCUCCUAAAGUGGGGCACCUGGCUGUCUUGUUGAAACGUUCUGCCCUCCUUACUGGAAGCGCAUUUUUUACCAUUGCCAUCCGCUACAGAGCUCUGCUGGACAGAUGGAUACUGCAAAAAUGCGCCGUCUCCCAGGGUGCACCUGUUCAAUCAACCAUGAUGUUGCGAUCCUGUUGGCAGUGUAGAUCCCUGCCUUUGUUUGUUGGCAUUGGUGUUCUAAUGGCAAGGCUCUGUAGUUACAUUACCAUUCAGAGUCCUAACAAUAAUCGGCAAGUCAUCCGCGGCAUUGAAGCUAACCUUCAGGGCGAUUCGAUCAUCGAGAAGAACGAGUUCUGCAAUCAGCAAUCCGUCCUUCCAAGUUUGCUUGGCAGCAAGCAUGACUAUGUCCGUUUGCUGCUUCAUUUUAUUUGUAGCACUGCCAUUUUUAAGGCGUAUACGGUGCCAAAGGUGACCAGCUUCAAGGAGAGGAGCAUAGAAAGGAACUAUGAUUUCAGUGCACUUCGGAGCAUCGUGGCAAGAAAUGGACAUUAUCUGACUUUUAUUGGAGCGUUGGUGACUCUGCAGAUCUUUCUACAGAUGAACAGAGUGAACACUACCACUUCACUGCUGCCAAUGCUGAUUCAAACAAUAAGUUCCAGGAGCAAAGCUGCGGUUUUCAGCAAGAUGGUGAUAAUAUUGGUGAACUCGUGCAGCAUUCUUGGAUCCGCUUUCACGACAAAACACCACGGUCGUGCGGCAACGUUAACCGUCAGCAUUGUUCUAAUGGUAUUUUGCCAGAUGGCGAUUCCAUUGAUCGUCGAGUUCCACAUCGGGUUUGGCGGCGCAAGCCGAAUGCCGAGAGGGUACACCGCUGCCAUGUUCUUGCUCACCUGCGUCGUCUCCUGCGGCCUCAGUUGGUCAUGGGGCUCUAUGUUCUGGACCUUUCCCGGCAAGAAGGCCCACUCGGCAGGUCAGCUCUUAGGCAUGGCUCUGAAUUUGGCCCUAUGCUACGCCCAGAUGCAGUACUUCCUGAUGAUGCUGUGGCGGCUGAAGAACGCCAUCCUAGCCUACUAUGCCAUGUGGAUUUGGUCGUGAUUAAAUUAGGUUCUGCACAUAAACCACGGCUAGACGAUAGCGCCGUGGAGUAGUUCAGUGGGUCUGAAUCUCAUGCUAUCCCUUUUUUUCUUGGACAUAUUUUUGUAUAGUUUUUGUCUGUAAGUACCUUUCCGAAUAGUUCUCCUGUAAGCUUGCAGGGGUCCUAUCUGUAGUAGUAGGUCGCACUGUCUAUAUACCGUAUGUAAAUAGAAGCAUAAGCGCGCUUCGCUGCUCUGGUCUUUGA